ACUCACUCUCGUGUCUCGUGCUCUCGUGGUAUUGUUUAUGUCAGAAAAUGAGAUACGAGGGCAAACAGUUCUGAAAUUGGUUCCCACAUUUCUAAGAUGGAUGUCGCGCAUCUUAAGAGAAACAUGAAAGCAAAAAAGGACGAUGCGGUGCGAAAAAUAUCGAGGCAAAAAGCAAACGGUAAUCUGGAAAGAGCUGUCAAAAAUGUGCAACAUAUCUUGAAGAAAAAAAAAGCAGAAGCAAAAGCUGCCAAAAAAAAGAGAAUAAGUUCAACAAAACAUAAACCUAAACAAUUUAAAGUGCAAAAACCGAGACGAAAAGGAAUAGUUUAUGUAGGACACGUACCUCAUGGAUUUUAUGAAGAACAAAUGAAAGACUAUUUUAAACAGUUUGGGAAUGUAACAAGAGUACGAGUGGCACGAUCCAAAAAAACUGGGAAAAGUCGUGGCUAUGGUUAUGUAGAAUUCCUUUACCCAGAAGUUGCUCAAAUUGCAGCAGAGAGUAUGAAUAAUUAUCUCAUGUGUGGUCGAUUAUUGAAAGCCACAUAUAUUCCACCUGAGAAACAGCAUUUUGGAUUUUUCAUGGGAGUAAAUUGGUCAGAAGAUAAAUACCCUAAAUUGGUAAACAGGAGAAAGACAAUCUUACGUAAAAACCGUGUUCAAAGUGCUGAAGCUUAUAAAAAGUAUAUUGACAAAUCACUCAAUAAACUUUCUAUGUUAGAAGAUAGACUGCAAGACAAAGGAAUUAGCAUAAAAUUUCAACCUGUUGAUGUACCAAAAGAAUAGUUAAAGGUAUAUCUUUAUUUUACUUUUUUAAAGUAUGUAUAGUCUAUCAUUUGUAUAUUGGAGAAACAAUAAAAAUUUAUACGGUAAAUAUAAAUUUCUGCUAUACUUGUAACAAUAAACAUACAAAUAUCUAAUGUUUCUAUAAAUGAUAUCUGUGUAAAUCGUUAUGUACAAUUACAUCUAAAUGUUGUAUACUAUAUCAUUAAUACACUCGAAACAUAUCA